AUGACUACACUAUUAAGCGAACUGACUGGAAAGAAUCUUAUCGCCUUGGAAGUAAUGGGUACAAAUGUUUGCUCACUCCUACAUGAAUUUAUUUAUGGAUCAAAAGAAACUAGUGAAAACAUUUUGUGCAAUCCUGACUUAUUCAUGAUCAUACCAAAUGUCGGUGACUCAUUAAAACUAGCCCAUAAAAUAUUUGGAAAUCCUGGUGGACCAAAUUUCCAUGGAGCAGCAUUACUAAAGAACACAACAUUGUGCGUUAUACGACCACACGCAGUAUCUGACGGUCUUACUGGGAAAAUUUGGAGUGCAAUUACAGAAAAAGGAUUUAAUGUGACUGCAGCUAGUUUGCAUCGUUUAUCAAAAGCAGAUUCAGCUGAUUUUUUAGACGUCUAUAAAGGUGUAGUACAAGAAUAUCCAGAAAUGUUAGAUCAUCUGUCUUCAGGGCCCUGUAUAGCAUUGGAAAUAGAUAUUCCGGACCCCAAUGUAAAUGUCCAUCAAGCUUUCCGCGAGUUCGCUGGACCAAUAGACCCAGAAAUUGCAAAGUACUUACGACCGGAUACACUAAGAGCUAGAUUUGGAGUUAAUAAAGUCAAGAAUGCUAUUCAUUGUACUGACUUACUUGAGGAUACUGAACGUGAAGUAAAUACGUUAUUUUAUUUUAUGUCUCAUACAUAUUGAUAUUUAAUUAUUGUGAUUAUCAAAUAUCCCUUCAAUAUUUUAUGGUAGUGAUACUACUAUUAAUAAUAACACGAAAGUUUUAUCUGUAUAGGAUGUGAAAUUUCUGAUACUAUCGUGAAAAAAUAUACUAAACUCUUAUUUAUUUUCAUGUUAGUUGACUGUCAGUCGCUGACAAAGUAGCACUUAGCACAACUGUGCAUCGGUUCAAACUCCAACACCUCAAGUCAGAUAUGUGUCAAAGGAAGGGAAACGAUAUCAACUGAAACGUAAGAAACCUGGUUCGAAAGAAAUAAAAUCAAGAAACAAAGUAUGAAACGCCAGUAAAACUUAAGACUUCGGUCAAGAAUGAAUGCAACUACAUUCGAUUUUAAGCUAUGCAAUCUAACGACCCCAACAAACAAUAAAUACCAGUUAGAAUUCUUCGAUUUCGUCCAUUUAUUAAACUGAGCUUAAAAUGAAAAUGUUUGGUGAAUUGAGGUGGAAGAAACAAAACAGACUGAUGAACCACACAUAACUAAUUAUAAUAAUUAUGAUUAUAAACGCAUUUGGAUAGUUUAAUAACUAUUUUAAAUCCCUUAUUAUUGAAUAAGCUUCAAAAGAUGAGAAAUGUGAUUUAACAGGUUUACG